AUGGAUAACCAACCUGAUAUUCAGAUGCAACUCGGAGAAGGGCAGCUGCAACCCAAGUUGGAGCAGUCAGAAACUUCGAUUUCUGUCUCGACAACACCGCUCGGAGCCAGCAGCGAUUUCUACAAUACGCCAUUGACUGGCCAGACGCCUGUUUAUCCCGCAGAUAAUACAACUGUGGCUUCUAAUGGGAUUAAAGAAUCAGAUAUCCCCGCAACGUCUGCGCCAGUCAUUCCUGGUUUAUCCCUCAAGAAUGACGAUGAAGACAAACCCGCAAUUCCCACGGAGGGCCAAAGUACGGAGAAUCCUCAAACGAACGGGGCCCUUGUGAAUGGAGUCAGCAGUGUUGCUCAGCAAACUCCCAACGCGCAACCGGGUGAAAGCGCAUCGACAGACGCUAUGGAUACCGACCAAGCCGCAACAGACCAGCGCAUGACCACCGAGGAAGAACAUCCUGAAUGGGAGAUUGACUCUUCGCCCUACGAAUCUUCAUCAGACAGCUCUUCUGAUUCCUCCGAUAGCGACGACAGCGACGAAGAUGAAGAGGAUUACCCUAUCUUAUCGGCAGAGGAAACAGCCCGAAUACUUAUGCAGGUAGAAGGCGGCUCGGAUGAUGAAGGUGACCACAAGGCAGGUGGCGGAUCUCAUUUACGAACGGCAAACGAACAAAUCGAGGAGGCGCCGCCGAUUCCUGAUAUCAAAGUCACUGAAGAUAUGAAAAUUGUACCGCUUGGUUACCUUGAAAGUAUGGUUGAAAAUCUUAUACUCAUCAAAGCCACCGUGUCCGGCGAUUACCAAGUCCUCGAAGGUAAUUCGCUUUUGUGCCUCGAGGAUAGGACUGUUAUUGGCGUGGUGGCAGAUACUUUGGGAAGGGUGGAAGAACCUCUUUACACCGUCAGGUACCAAGAUCCAGCAAAGAUCCAGGAGUUGGGUCUUGAGAAAGGAAAACAUAUCUAUUACGUAGAGAGUCACUCUGAAUUCGUCUUUACACAACCUCUCAAGGGAAUGAAGGGCAGCGAUGCUUCCAACUUCCACGACGAAGAAGUCGCUGAAGAUGAGAUUGAAUUCUCGGACGACGAAGCGGAAGUCGAGUAUAAACGAAGACUGAAACAAAAGAAGAAGGAAAAAAAGGAUAACCGAGGUGAUGGCGGAAAACCGAAAACUGCUCCAGGGCCUUCACCGCUUGGGCGAGGUGAAUUGAAUUAUGAUGAUGUUGAAGGAGAUAAAAACGUCGAGGAUGGCUAUACACCUCUGGCCCGUCCAAAGAAUUACCACGAAAUGAUGAACCACCCAGAAGCUCGCACGGAGUCAUCUCCUUCCUUCCAGAAUAACAGAGGCAAUUUCCGCGGUAGAGGACGAGGACGAGGAGGCUUCGACAGAGGCUCCGGACGUGGUCGAGGCAACGACAGACGCGGAAGAGGCAACUACCACAACUAUUCGCAAGACACCAGCCAUCGAUCAGACUACUCCCGCGAAAACCCUGCUCCAUCCCAAUACGCUGCACCUACGGCCGCAUUCCCAACUCAACAAUACGCUCAAUACCCUCCUUUCCCACAGCCACAGCCGCAGCCACACCAACAGCAACCUCAACAACAGCAUCAAUUCCCAGCAUUCGGACAACCGCAAACAGCAGGGAUGCCGCAGUUUCCAUUCCAGAUGCCAUAUCAGCAGAACCCCUAUCAGCAGACUACAUAUCAGCCGAAUCCGUACCAAUCCGUACCAGCUGGCGCUCAUAUCAAUCCAGCAUUCUUCGCUGCGUUGCAACAGCAAUUACAACAGCAGCAGCAACACCAACAGCCUACCGCCCCUCCUGUACAGCAAAACCAGGCUACUGCAAACGGUCAAUCGACUUUUAGCCAAGUGCAAGAUAUUCUACGGCAAUUAGGUGGUGGAAAUCCACCUAGAUAG